GGCGACGCGAACGACAGAUAGCGUGAGGCUCAGCCGAAACGCGCAAAGGAAGGAAGGCAUGUGGCAGUUCCUGGUGUUCUUCGUUCUCAACUCAGCACCGACGGGCGAUGCACUGCGCAGCGUUCACCAAAAGUCCAUGGCGGCCGGUCGCCUGGAGAAUGUGACACAGACCAUAUCCCGUAUCCUGGAGGGCUACGACAUUCGGCUCCGGCCCAACUUCGGUGGUGAACCGUUGCACGUCGGGAUGGAUCUUACCAUAGCGAGCUUCGACGCCAUAUCGGAAGUGAAUAUGGACUACACUAUCACUAUGUACCUAAACCAGUACUGGAAGGACGAACGGCUAGCGUUCAACGCGUUCGCCCUGUGGGGAGACAAUCAGAACAGCGAGCACGCCGAGCGGGACAUCAUGAUCGAGGACGACGGGGCCAACGACGUCAUCACGCUGUCCGGUGACUUCGCCGAGAAGAUCUGGGUGCCGGACACGUUCUUCGCCAACGACAAGAACAGCUUCCUGCACGACGUCACCGAGCGGAACAAGCUGGUCCGGCUGGCGGGCGAUGGCGCUGUCACGUACGGGAUGCGCUUCACCACGACGCUGGCGUGCAUGAUGGACCUGCACUACUACCCGCUCGACUCGCAGAACUGCACCGUCGAGAUCGAAAGCUAUGGGUAUACCGUGUCGGAUGUGGUGAUGUACUGGAAGACUACACCGAUUCGUGGCGUGGAGGAAGCCGAGCUGCCCCAGUUCACCAUCAUCGGCUACGAAACGAACGACCGGAAGGAGAAGCUGGCCACGGGCAUCUACCAGCGGCUGUCGCUGUCGUUCAAGUUGCAGCGCAACAUUGGCUACUUCGUGUUCCAGACCUACCUGCCGAGCAUACUGAUCGUGAUGCUGUCGUGGGUGUCGUUCUGGAUCAACCACGAGGCGACGUCGGCCCGCGUCGCCCUCGGCAUCACGACCGUGCUCACGAUGACCACCAUCAGUACCGGCGUGCGGAGCUCGCUACCCCGCAUCUCGUACGUGAAGGCGAUCGACAUCUACCUGGUGAUGUGCUUCGUGUUCGUGUUCGCCGCGCUGCUCGAGUAUGCCGCCGUCAACUAUACCUACUGGGGUGCGCGGGCGAAGAAGAAAAGCAAAACGAACAAGGACGCCGAGCGGAAAGUGUUUGGAAAAACGGAAAAAACGGCCUGCUCGUCGGCCGAUGACAUCAUCGAGCUGCAGGACAUCCGCAUGAGCCCGAUCGCGUCGCUCCGCAACCGCCACUACCCCAACAGUGCCACCGUCACGACCAGCGACUCGGCGGUCGACUCCACCAAGUUUCCGCCGAGCUUCCGGAUUGCGCGGUCGUACGGCUCGAGCACCCGGAGCGGCCUCAGGUAUCGCAGUGCGCGAGGUCAGGGCCGCCCGAAAAUGCUGCACGCGAUCAAGCGCGGUGCGUCCGUCAUCAAGGCGUCGAUACCGAAGAUCAAGGACGUGAACGUGAUCGACAAGUACUCGCGCGUCAUCUUCCCGGUCAGCUUUGCCGCGUUCAACGCAGGUUACUGGAUAUUCUACGUCUUCGAGUGACCCGCAGGAAGCGAGUGAACGGAAGCGGAACCCGUGCCGAAGACCCAUCGCCCACUCCCCAGCCACCCUUCACGUGUCACUCACCGUCCCUUCCGCAUCGUCCAGCGCGUCGCGUUGUGGUCCAACUCCGGUCCAACAUCCGGUCGUCCGGUCCGGAGCGAAGCGCCCCUUUAGAGAG